ACCAAUAAACAUAUGCACCACUACCAAAACAAUAAGCAUCAGAAUAUCAGAAUACCACUACGUCAACACUACCAAUAACCAUAUACAACACUACCAAAACAAUAAGCACCAAAAUACCAUCACUACCCUUAGUAACCACGGUGGCUACAAGGACCAAGUUACCACCGUAACCGCUCCCGUUCGAAUCCCCACCAUCCCAUUUGAAUUUUUUUUUUUUGGAGAUUAAAAAAAGCAACAUGUUGUGGGAGUGGUGGAUCAAACCUACAUAAUAAAUAGUUUACUAAAUUUAGCACAACAUCUACACCACUCAACUACAACUCUUCUCUUGAAACAAUUAAUAUAUUGACAAAGUUUUACUCAUUGAAAGCUAAAAAUCCUCAAUAACUUUAAAUAACCAUAACUUUGUGCUCCAAAAUCCGAACGUCAUGAACUUUUUUUUUCAUUUCGCAUAACUUUUUAAGGACUACAAUUUUCACUAGGAAUGAAUUUUCAAAACUUGAAUUAUUUUUGGAUAUACAGGAUUUUGGGAAUAGCUUACCUUCCCUUUUCAGCAAUCCACGUACAUUUCAAAAUUAUGUCUAUGAUAAAAUUUAUAGUCCUUAAAAAGUUAUGUGAAAUGAAAAAAAAAAUUCAUGUCGUUUGGAUUUUGGAGCACAAAGUUAUGGUUGUCCAAAGUUUGGCGAAAUCGGAAAAAGCUCGUUCGGGGUAGCAAAUGACAUUUUUUCGGCACGAAGGCGGGACCGACAGUUUGCUGCUUGCAAGAUCUCGAAAAGUUAUGCGGAAUAAAAAAAAUCACGACGAUCGGAUACCCGAACACAAAGAUACGUUCGUUUGAAGUUUUCACCUAGGUUAGGAUUUUUUUUUAAAAAAAACCAAAACCGCAUGGUGGGGGUGAGGUUUGCAAAACCGCCCCCUACCCGUGCGGUUUUCAUUGAAAAAUGCGCCCCCGGUAGCGGUUUUCGCCUAAACCGCUGGUUCGGGUGGCGGUUUUUGAGAGAAAGAUGAUAUUUUUGAAAUUUUUUUUUUAACAGUGCUAUUUCUGAAAAAAUCCUCAUUAGUCCUUGUUUGGUAACAAUUUGUCGUCUUUGCUUGUUGAGAAAGCUACCAAUAUUGAUGAGGCUGAAGUGAAGAAGCUCAAGGCCCUUCUUGGCGGCUCUGGCUAGAUUGAUUGAGAGGCGCACGUGAUUGUCGUAUACUGAAGAGAAAUAAUGAUGCAAUAUGACUAAGCGGAAGUAAUAUAAAUAAUGAUGUAAUAUUUGAUGAAAUAAAUGGUGAUGAUCCUACGUUCUAUGUUUAUUUCGUAGUCGUGGGUUGAUCAGAAAUAAAAGCACACUACAAGAAUUUCUCUUAUUUCUUUUUCGUAAAUUUGAAGAGUUAAGGUAUAAAAAUGUAACAAAAAAAAAAUUAGGUAUUAAAAUGUAAUUUUUCAUUGCUCUGAAGUGAAUCGCUAUUCGUCGCCUUAAAAUUCAAAUUUUAUCGCCCUAAAACAUAACAAAUUGACAUAUUGACCCCUCAACUCAAUUUUAAUUCUAAAUCAUAGCCGAACAAGUCAUUAUCCCUUCCGAAGUCCGAACCCACAUCCACCGCCGGCCUACCCUACUCACCCCCAACCAACAUCCGCCGCCAGGCACCAUCUCUGUCACCCCUGUUCACCCCCAACCUCGUGGGUUGUCAGUCGCCCCUGCUCACCCCCAUCUUUGCCAUCCUCUCCUGCUGCUGCUACUCUACCAUCGGAGGGAAGGAGGAAGAAGAGGUGGUGGAUGGAAACGUAAGCAAUAUUGGAGUUCCACCCAAGUUUUGUACACAACAAUGGAAUAUGAACGUAGUAUUUUACAAGGCUAACCCAAAUUACUAAGACACAAGAGAAAACAGAGUAUGUGUAAUUAAUGGGGGAGUAUGAAAUGAAGAGAGACAUUCGAAAAUCUAUUUAACCGACAAGUGCUAGCUCAGGCCGUCUGUCAUAACAAGUCGAUUUUCAGUGCUGGGGUAUCUGACAACUUGAAAGCUGACUUGGUCCAAUGCUUUGGGUUUAAGGAAGGUAGUCUGCCUGUCAGGUAUCUAGGUUUGCCUUUGAAUGCUGGGAAACUCUCUUCUUGUAAGUCCCUGAUUAAUAGAAUAGUUAGGAGGAUUAUGGGUUGGCAGCCAAAGCUUUUAACCUAUGAUGGGAAGCUUGAGCUAGUAGUGUCAAUAUUAGCUAGUAUGACUCAGUUUUGGAUGAAUGUUAUCAUCCUGUCAAAGAAGGUGAUUAAGCAAAUAGAAGCUCUCGGUUCUCAAUUUCUUGGUGUAUUCUCUCUGAUUAGGAAACACUUUGGAUAGCUUGGAUUAAGGAGUAUCGUCUUCGUAAUUUGAGCAUCUGGGACGUGAAAACUAGAGGAUCUUGGGUAUGGAACAAGAUACUUAAGCUGCGUGGUGAUUUUGCAGGGAAGCUGUGUAAAACUAAUCAAGGGUUGGAAUGGGAAGGGGAGAAAAUGGCCAGAUUUCAGAUUAGCAAAGUUUGGCAGAGUAUCAGGCCGAGAGGUGAAGUAGUGGGGUGGUCUAAACUGGUCUAGAAUGGUGGUAUUCCUAAGAACUCUACGAUUACGUGGUUGACUUACUUGGGGAGAAUAACUACCCUGGAUGUGGUACAAUGUUGGAACCCUGAAGUGGUUGUUACGUGUCCUCUCUGUGGACAAGAAUCAGAGUCAAAGAAUCACAUUUUCUUUCUAUGUGACUAUGUGCCGGAAGUAUGGCGUACGGUGUUUCCUGCGCGAUGGCAACUCCCGGUGUCCCUUAACCUGCAACAGGUGGUGGAUUUAGCAACUCAGAAAAUCAGUAAGUGUUUGGUUGGUAGAAUUCUCUGGUGUCUGGUGUUGAGUGAGGUGUGGCAAGAACGAUGUAGGCGGGUUUAUGGCGGCAAGAAGCUAUAUAUUGAGGAGCUAAUCAGUAAGCUGCAGGGGGUGAUGGAAGCAAAGGAGCUGGGGGACCUCAGAUUUGCUGAGUCUUCUGCUACACAGUCCUUGUGGUAUAAGACUAACUCCAACCCAAAAAGCUAUAUUUAGCCUCCCAAGCUCUCAAAUGUGCAUAUUUGCCUCCCCAAAACACCUUUUUGCUCCAACCCUAUAGGCUUCCAAAUUUAGCUUCCCACAUCUUUUUUUGAUUUAAUUUCCAUAAUCCAUACUUAUUUACAAUAUCAUUCUUGUAAUUCACUUUUAAUUUUUUUUAUAGUUUGUUAUUACUUGUGAAAACAAAAUUUUUGAUACAAUUUUUUUUAAUACCGAGAUAUUUUUUUUUCAAAAUUAGUCAUUUUUUGUAGCCGUUACUUUAUGACCUUUUUUUUGGACCGAUCCAAAUAUGAUCGUUUUUUUUUAGCCGUUACUUUGUGACCGUUUUUUUGUCGUUUUGUGCAUCAUAUGUGUUUAUAAAUUACAAUUCUUCAUUUUUCAUCAACUCACUGAAACUUCUUCCCAUUUCUAAAACAAACACAUUCAUCAUGAGUAUGUCAGAUAGCUCAUCGUCGGGAGGAGAAGAAGAAAUCGAAGAGUACGAGAGGUUUCACCACCUACGGUUGAGUUUAAUCGGCCGGAGGCUGGCUGAAGGUUCAUCAAGUCGACGUCACAUUGAUCGUGAAAGGGUCGAAUGUAAUCGCCGUCUUAUGAGGGAUUACUUCGAUCCAAAUCCAGUAUACAAUGCUCGCAUAUUUAGAAGGCGCUAUCGGAUGCAACCAAGAUUAUUCCAUCGCAUUAUGGGCGACAUUUUGAGGUUUGACCCCUCAUUUGCUCUACGGCGUGAUAGCUUGGGUCAAUUAUCAUUAUCUCCAGAGCAGAAGCUUACUGGUGCGAUGCGCAUGCUAGCAUAUGGUUCUCCAGCUGAUCAACUUGACGAGUAUGUUCGUAUGGGUGAGAGCACUUUUAUGGAGGUGUUCAGAAAGUUCUGCAACAACAUUAUCAACAUGUAUGGGGCCACAUAUCUUCGCGCACCUACUCCUGCCGAUUUAAGGAUCUUACUCAGUAAAGCCUCAAGACGUGGCUUUCCUGGAAUGGUUGGAUCAAUUGACUGUAUGCAUUGGGAGUGGAGGAAUUGUCCAAGUGGCUGGGCAGGACAAUACACCGGCCACAUGCAUAGGCCAACAAUCAUUCUAGAGGCGGUGACCUCCUACAACACAUGGAUAUGGCAUGCUUUCUUUGGGUCUCCUGGAUCGAACAACGAUAUAAAUGUUCUGGGGAUGUCUCCAGUGUUUGAUCGUAUUGUCAAUGGAAGCGCUCCACAUGUACGAUUUGAGGUAAAUGGCCAUGCUUAUGAUCAAUGCUAUUAUUUGGCCGACGGUAUUUAUCCCUCAUGGUCGACUUUAGUGAAGACCUUCAGCAAUCCAAGGUCAAACAAAGAGGCUUUGUUUGCUCAACGUCAAGAAGCACACCGCAAAGACGUAGAGCGGGCAUUUGGAAUCCUCCAAUCAAGAUGGGCAAUUGUUCGUGGCCCUGCAAGAGCUUGGGAUGUUGUCACACUAAACAAUAUAAUGUUGACGUGCAUUAUAUUACACAACAUGAUAAUCGAGGAUGAGCAAGUUGAUUCUGAUGAUGAGAUGGAUGAUGACCUUGAUUAUGAGGUCCAUGAACAACCUCAACCAAUCAACCGACACGUUCCAACUCUGGUUGAUUAUUUGGCUAGAAAUAAUAGGAUUCGCUCCUCAACAACACAUCAUGCGCUUCGAAAUGACUUGGUUGAGCAUCUUUGGAAUUUGCAGGGCAAUAACUAGUAUUGUUUAAUUAUGGAUUGUAUUGCUUGUUUGGUAGUUUGUAUUUCAAGUUUCAGUGUGUGAUUGUAUUUCAUGUUUCAAUAAAGUGUGUUUUGUAGU